AUGGGCGUGAUCACCUCCUGCUUGGAUCCUAUGCGCCAGCCAGAUGUGAUCCCAGAUCCGCGCGUGCUGACUGUCGUGGGGAUCAGCGGGGACGUAAUCCUCGACACAACGGAGGUGUCAUCCAUACUGGAGUUGAAGGAGCAGGUCUCCACCCAAAUGCACACAAAGAAUAUCAAGUUGCUUAGCGCUGAAGGGCGCGUCAUUGCUAAGCUCGAAGACGCGGAGCCUGACAGCACAGUCACGGCCAUCGCCUUGAACCUCAGCCCAUUGCUGCAGAUGGUUGGUCUUGAAGAUGACAAAGGCAACCUUGUGAGUGAGACUGUGCCACGAGACGAGCUCGAGACAAUCGCGCUGCAGAUCGCACGCGAGCUCUCGAGCAUCGGAUGUUGGUUCGGAUCGCCGGGGCAUAUGGAUGGUUAUCCGACAGUCGAAUGGGAAUGGACAGAUAAGAUGCCGGCACCUCCCUACUUUUCGUCCGAAAGCCGUUUCGACGAAGGCAGUCGCGGGUUGACCAUAAAGCGCAGCACGCCAGUGGUCCACGCUGGGGCGGAGGUCAUGUUCUCGGUGCAAAAGGCUUCGCCCGUCCCGAAGGUCUUGCAGGACUUCACCGCUGAAACGCCGCUGACCGUGGCAGAUCUGAUAAAUCUUCGGCGCAUCCAUCAAGCGGCCUGCGAUGAGAAGAGGCAUAUGCUGCUAAAGGAGAUUCCGGGUGCGGACUAUGUGGAGGGCACAAUGCAAUUGAAACAAUACGGCCCAGAUUGCCUGCAUAUCGAGUUGGGAUACCGCGUCUACGACCGCGAUGAGGAAUGGCGCUAG